AUGUUCGCCUUGGAAUCGAAGGGUUCUGCGAAAGAGCCUGCGACCGCUGCUCUAGGUGGUAUACCGAUCGGGCUUAAAGCUGCAAUAGAAAAAGAACUAGAACUUAUGAGAUCAUAUGGAAUUACUCCAGUUUUUGUAUUUAAUGGUCUCAGCGUUAUUCGCAAAGACAAACCAUUUUCAGUAGAGGAUACAAGACCAGGAAGACGAUCUCAAGCCUGGGACAUGUAUGAGAAAGGUCGAAUUGAUUCUGCUUAUAGUCA